CUUCAUGUCUUGCUCCUCUCACUUCCUCGCGUUCGUCUCAUUGCUCUGUGAUCGGCUCGCUUAGACUCCCAUCGUCUCGCGGCAUCAUCCCAUCAUGUUGCGCUCCAAGAUAGCGAAAGCAACCGCUCUCACACGCCUCCGACCAACAUCAAGUAUCCCACUGCGUCGCUACCCACUAAUCCCCCAACCAAAACGCCUUCUCUCAGAGAAAAUAUCCUCAACAGUGGACGAACAAGUCGACAUCCUCAUAGUUGGCUCCGGCGCAGGCGGCCUAACAGCUGCCCUCCGCGCCAGAACCCUCGGCCUCAACCCAGUCAUCAUCGAAAAGGAAGCAACAAUCGGCGGCGCGUCGGUCAUCUCAGGUGGCGGCCUCUGGAUCCCAGCAAACCCGAUAUCCCAAGCAGCAGGCAUAGCCGACUCCAAGGAAGAUGCUCUCGCGUACUUUGAUCAAGCUGUCAGGGACGUCGGGCCCGUCUCGUCGCUGGCGAAGCGGAAGGCGUAUUUGGAUAAUGGGCCUCGGAUGAUUAGCUUCCUGGGGGAUCUUGGGUUUGAAUGGAGGUUUAGUAGGGGGUAUCCGGACUACUACCCCAAGAUGAAGGGCGCCAUGGGGAAAGGAGGCGGGAGAACUAUUGAGUCUGUGGCUUUUGAUACCAGGAAGUUGGGGCAAUGGCAAGGUUUACUGCCGCCUGCGAAUAUACCGGUAGCAAUCCACGGCGAACAGGCUCCAUGGAUUACGAUGAUGACAGCCUCGUUACAAGCUUUCAUCAAAUCGACUCGCAUCAUGCUCCCCAUCAUCGGCAAAACCAUUCUCGGGCAGAAACUCGUCAGCCUAGGCCGCGGACUCAUCGCCCAACUCUUAUACCUCAACACUAAACACUCAACCGACAUCCGUCUACGCACCUCCUUUCUAGACCUCACGCUCUCCCAGGCAGGGAAAGUAAAAGGCGCAAAGGUCAAACUCCCCGACGGAACCACCAAAACCAUCACAGCCUCCCGCGGCGUCAUCCUAGCAGCAGGCGGUUUCGCACACAACAAAGCCCUCCGCAAAAAGUACGGUCCGGACCCAGCUAGCACGGCAUGGACCAAUUCGCCCGCGAGCGACACAGGCGACGCGGUCAUUGCGGGACAGAAGCUUGGUGCGGCAACGGCUUUGAUGGACGAUGCGUGGUGGGGGCCGACCAUCUUCGAUCCCGUGACGGGGAAACCUCACUUUGCGCUUACAGAGAGGUCUCGACCGCACUGUGUCAUUGUCGAUGCCGCCGGGAAGAGGUUCAUGAAUGAGGCGCAGCCGUAUACGGAUGCUGGACACGACCAAUACGAGAGGAACAAGUCUGUCAAGGCUAUUCCUGCCUGGUUGAUCAUGGAUACCAACCACCGGAACAGAUAUAUGCUCGGCACCCAGCUGCUCGCAAGGAUGAAGCCUAACAAGCCGGUUGCGAAUGGUACCAUGUUCGCGGCAAACACCCUCAGAGACUUGGCGCUGCAGAUUAGAAUCGACGCUCAAGGCCUGGAAGGCACCAUCACGAGGUACAAUAACAUGUGCAAGACAGGCGUCGAUGCAGACUUUGGAAAAGGCGGCAACGCAUAUGAUAACUUCUUUGGCGAUCCUGCCGCUGGCGGACCAAAUCCCAACAUGAGAGCCUUGGGCAAAGCACCGUUCUAUGCUAUCGCGAUCUGGCCAGGCGAUUUGGGGACCAAGGGAGGAUUGCUGACUGAUGAGCACCAGAGAGUACUGAGGGAGGACGGCGAGGUGAUUCCUGGUUUAUAUGCUAUUGGCAAUACGGCGGCGAGCAUCAUGGGGCGGACUUAUCUAGGUGCUGGAUCAACUUUGGGCCCUGCCAUGACGCAUGGCUUUCUUGCUGUCAACCACAUCGCCGAAACCUGAAAGUCUAACUCUACUUCAUGGAAUCGUGUUCGCUACAUGACUAUACUCAUGCGGAGUAGCUUCCGGCAUCAAUCGUUAUGAAGUUGAGAGGAAUUGGCGCGUGAUGAUACAGAUGUGUCUACAGGACUGAAGUAAGGUGAGGAAAAUGUGCAACAGGAACAGAG